UGAUUUGAAACUUUCUCAUUUUCUAGGCAUAAAUAAUAUUCAUUGCAUAAUAUUCGCUUGAAGUGGCAUCCUUUAGCUUCCGAGUGGCAGGAGCUCUCUCUGCACUGCGUGUAUUGUGCUAGUGACAAAUAGUGACAAGGACCAGCCACUGCAGUGCAGUGUCAAGUGAUAAUUACCAGUGCAGUGACAAGUAGCAGUGGAGUGACAAGUAGCAGUGCAGUGGCAAGGACCAGUGCAGUGACCAGGAGCCAUGCAGUGCACACGGCUGAGCUGCUCAUCGGCGGCGCUGCUGGCCCGAGCCGUGCGGGGCGCCGCCCUCAGCGCGCGACACAAUUCAAGUGCCGUCCCUGCGGCGCAGCAGGACCCAUGCGCCAUCAGAGCCGCGCUACCGCCGGCCGUGUUCGACGUCGCGGCCAUGACGCGGCUGCUGGACCACGACAACCACGACAUGAGGAACAAAUUCAGGAGCUUCAUGAGCGAUGAGGUGAUGAAGCCGCGCUACAACAUCCCGCUGGCGGAGGAGCGCGAGGUGGCGCUGAAGAGGCUCAAGCUCAUCUGCGACGCGGGCUUCAUCUCAGUGCUCGACUUCAGGAACAAUCCGCUUAGGAUCUUCGCCGCCCACGAGCUUGCCGCCAUCAUCGACCCAGCCAUGACUACAAAAAUGACAGUGCAGUUCAACCUGUUUGGUGGGACGGUGCUGAAGCUCGGCACGGAGCGCCAUCACGCGCUUCUCCUGCCCGGCAUCGACUCCCUCGACGACGUCGGCUGCUUUGGCCUCACCGAGCUUGGCUACGGCAACAACGCCGUCGAGAUGGAGACCACGGCUGUGUACGACCCGUCAACAGACGAGCUGAUUGUGAACACGCCUAGCACUCUGGCCCAGAAGUACUGGAUCACCAACGGCGCGGUGCACGCGAAGCACGUGGUCGUGUUUGCUCAACUGCGCGUCGGCGGCGAGGAACGCGGCAUCCACGCGGUCCUCGUGCCCAUCAGGGACAACCAAUUACGCGUGAUGGCUGGUGUGCGCGUGGAGGACAUGGGGCACAAGAUGGGCCUCAACGGCGUCGACAACGCCAAGCUAUUCUUCGACAACGUGCGGGUGCCUCGCACCAACCUCCUCAACAGAUACUCCGACAUCACCGAGGACGGCCAGUUCCAUUCUCAAAUCAAGAGCGCCCGCGGUCGCUUCCUGAGCGUGGCGGACCAGCUGCUGUCGGGCCGCAUCUGCAUCUCGAGCAUGGCGGUGGGCGGCAGCAAAGCCUGCCUCGCCAUCGCCGUCCGCUACGCCGCCACCAGGCUCACUGUCGGGGCGACCGGCCGCUCGGACACCGCGAUCCUGCAGUACCAGUUGCAGCAGCGCGCCCUCCUGCCGCUCCUCGCCCGCACCUACGCCAUCAACAUCGGCCUGGACUACGUCAAGCGGUGUUGGGCGGAGCAGCCUAGCGACGGCAGCGAGCACGCGUCUGUGGUCACGAAGUGCUGUGCCAUCAAACCUCUGGCGGCGUGGCACCUCGAGCGCACUGCCACCGUCUGCAGGGAACGCAGCGGCGGCCAGGGCUUCCUCUCCUGCAACAGAUUUGGCACGUUCAUCGGGCUGGCCCACGCGGGCGUGACCGCUGAGGGCGACAGCUCGGUCCUCAUGCAGAAGGUGGCCAAGGAGCGACUGGCCGCGUUCAGACCGGCGGCCACGGACACGGGAUGCGGUCUGUUGGACCUCCUCGCACAGCGCGAGAACAAACUCUUCACGGAGCUUGGCAAGAAGAUGGCAGCAGCGGGCAAGAGCGGCGUCUUCGAGACGUGGAUGCUGCGGGAGAGCGACCUCGUGCAGGCCGCUGCCAGGGCCUACGCUGAGCGCCUCGUCGCUGAGCAGUUCUUCUCAGUGACGCAGAAAAGUGAACCGUCUCUAGCGGCGGUACUGCCUCAGCUCUACCGCCUCUACGCCAUCAACUUCCUCGAGCAGGACCCUGCCUUCUUCCUCUGCAGCGGACUGCUCAGUGCAGAGCAGUACCAGCAGGUCAGUUUGGUGGAGGGGUCUCGGUCUCUGUGCGCCGAGCUGUCAGCUCAAGCGCUGCCGCUCACCGAGGCCUUCGCCAUCCCGGACUCUAUGCUGAGCGCCCCCAUCGCGCGCGACUGGGUCGCCUACAACGUCACCGACAACCAGGGCGAACUCUGA